AUGCGAACCCAUAUACUCUACGCCCUUCUCGCACCCGUCUCUCUCGCCCUACACACCCUCCAUUCCCCAGACUUCAACAUCGCCAUCGACGACACCACCGGCGCCGUCCUCUCCAUCUCCCACCCCAAAGACAAUGCCAGCAUGAACUGGAUCAGCGGGCCGCGCAACGCGCCCUGGCAACCACAAGGAAGCCGCUGGGGGCUGGGAUACGCGGACGUGGGCAGCCUAAAGCGGAUGUACUGGAGCGAACCCACUAUCUCGGGCGACGAUAAAAAGGUGACGACGGUGUACCAAGCCGAGGCCUUGAAAUUGGCCGUCACGAGGGAGGUCAAGGAUACGGGCUCCUUCGAAGAAUGUUACGCGUUCAUGAACGCCGGCGACGAGGCACUUAAACUGAACGCAGCCGGCACGGACUCCUUGGCCAUUUACACGCCGUUUAAUGACCAUUACACCAACACAACGGAUGUGCUGGAGCAUCGCGCGCAUGCGCAUAUCUGGGCCUCUGGGGGCAGUUCGUCAUGGGUGAAGAUGACGAGGAUGGGGCUGCGGGGACCGCAUUUGGGUCUUGUGUUGACGGAAGGGAAGUUGGCUGGGUAUAGUGUUGAAGCGAGGGAUACGGUCACAUCGUCGAACACGAGAGGCGUGUUUCUGUUGCAUCCGGAUCUUGCGGAAUUGGGAGCGAAGGAGACGAGUCGUGUUUGCUGGAGUAUGUUCUGGCAUCGCGAUUGGGAGGAUUUCUUCGAGAAGGGGAGUCAAAGAUCGAAACAGCUUGUGCAGGUGGAGGUUGACCCGCUUACGGCGUUUGUUGGGGAGAAUGUGAAUGUGACUGUUCAUAAGGGGUCGUGGAGCGAUGUCUCGCUUGAUGGAGUCAAAUUGACUCCGUCGAGGAAUGGCAGCCUUUACAAGACCUCUAUCCGUGCGAGUAAGGUUGGAGAGCGAAAGCUCACGCUAACUACUAGUGAUGGCAAUGAUGAACACAACUCUACUAUUGUGCUUAACACUGUUUCAAACCUCGAGACGAUCAUUCAGAAACGCACCGAGUUCAUCGCCAAACACCAACAUCUCAGCACAUCCUUCUCUGACCCCCACAAGGCCGGCGCAUUCGCCGUCUACGACAACCAGAUGAACGCCCCGGUGACAUUCGACACAGCAUCGGAUCGCAACACCGCGCGCGAAAGAGUCGGGAUGGGCGUGCUCUUUGCCCGCUGGCUUCAAAGAACCAACGACACUCAGCUCCUCGACUCUCUGCGUAUCUACUACGACUAUGUCAUCAACCAUCUCCAAGACGAGUCCGGAUACGUCUACACCCGACCUAUAGGCUCCGGGACUGAGUCAAAGCGCCUCUACAACUGGCCCAACGUGAUGCAGUUGCACCUGAACAUGGCCAAGCUCGAUAACAGCCCCGUCACGAGCCAUGGAAACUACACCGCGACGCCUCACCAACGACUCCUCGACACAAUCGAGAACUUCCACUCCGAAGGCGGCAUCGAUCUUUACGCUAUCAGCCUCCCUAUUUACGAGGGACUCACCUAUCUCUGGUCCGUCGGCGACAAGAAAGCCUACACCCGCGUCCAUAACCUCUUCAGCGCCCACGGGGCCAACAUCGCCCGACUGGGCGAGAACUAUCCCCCGUUCGAAGUCAACUACGAACAAUCGAUUGUUGCGCCAGCCGCGAACAUGCUAUUUGAGUUGUAUCGGAUCACUAACGCCACGAGGUGGCUCGAUGCUGCCAAACCGCACUUCGAACGUCUCCUCGCGUUCGGCGGCCGCCAGCCGGACCACCAUCUCUAUGACGUCGCGAUCCGACACUGGGAUGGAUACUGGUUCGGGAAGGACCGUAUGUGGGGUGACACGUUUCCGCAUUACUGGAGCACGUUGACGGCUAUCGCGAUGCAUCAUUAUGCGAAGGCGACGGGGGAGAAGAUGUAUGAGCGGCGGGCGGAGGGGAUCUUGAGGUCGAAUAUGGUGUUGUUUACGGAUGAGGGGAGGGGUCAUUGUGCUUUUGUUUAUCCGACGAGCGUGAAUGGGAGGAAGGGGUAUUAUAAUGAUCCGUAUGCGAAUGAUCAGGAUUGGGCGUUGUCGAAUUGGUUGCAGGUGCUGGAUGGGUAG